AUGGAGACACAGCAGUCCAGACACCCCCACAAGAGCGCCGCAUCUUCGCCAGCGCAGUCACGCGAGGGGUCCAUCGUGCUAGAACCCUUCCCCUCCACCCCGCCCGGCUCGUCCCUGUCCGCCACCCCUACCACCUCCUUCCACGCCCAGUCCCUCCUUGCCACCCUGCCCGCCACCGUGCUCGCCCGCAUCUUCUCCUCGCUCUCCUCCGCCGACCUCCUCCGCUGCGCACUCGUCUCCAAGGAGUGGCUGGUGCUGGCGUCGAUGGAGGCGUGGUGGGAGGAGCUGGCCCUGAACGAGCUAGAGACUCCCGGGCUGGUGAGCGUGAUGCUGCACGAGCGCGCCGAGCUGCCGCACCUCACCCACGGCUCGUGGCGCGAGCUCUACUGGAAGUACCGCCGGAAGGAGGCCCUCACCCUCCACCCGCGCGUCGUCGCCGUCUACGACUACCGCGCCCGCACCGAGAACGAGAUCGACGUCAAGCGCGGCGAGGUGCUGCGUCUGCUCGCCAAGGACCACGAGACCUGCUGGUGGCUCGUCCAGCGCACCUCCGACAAGGCCGAGCCCCCACAGCCGCCAGCCGCGCAGCAGGAGCGAGAAGAAAGAGAAGAAGAAGGAAAAGAAAAAGAAAAAGAGCUCAAGGAAGAGGAGGAGGGAGUGGCGAAGACGAAGGAGACGACUGAAGGUGAAGAGGAGGAGGAGGGGCAGGGGCAGCUGGAGACAGCAGCCGGCGAGCCAGGACUUGAUGAAGAGCAAGACGACAACAGUGAAGCGCAGGCCAGCGCCGAUGAUGAACGCGUCGCCGAUGUUACGACCGACGAACAACAACAAGAGCAGCAGGUCGAGGAGGAGAAGCGCGGCGACGAUGGUGGUGGUGGUGGCGCAGUGGUCGAGCCCGAGGGUCGUAAGCCGGCGGCGACGAUCGGGUGGGUGCCCUCGGGCUACCUCGACUAUUGUCCGCGGAAGCCCAGCGCCGCGCGCGCUCGCCGUUCCGAGGCGGCAGCGGCGGACGCGCAGGACGCGAGGCAGCUGCAGGAGCGUAACAAGAAGGUGCCGUUCAUGGUGCGCGCCAAGUUCGACUACGUCGGGGCCAACGCGCAGGAGCUGAGCUUCAAGAAGUACGACCUGAUGGCGAUCGAGCUGCACCCCAGGGAGAAGUACCCGAUUCCGUUCGACGCCAGCGAAGACGACGAUGGUGACGAUGGCGACGGUAACGGCGAGCAAGCGGCCAUGGCCGCCGCGGAGAGGGCCGACGCGACGAGAGGGCAGUGGUGGAAGGCCUCGCUCACCCGCCGCAGCACCACCGGCGGCACCACCACCGUCAGCGGUUGGAUUCCCGUCAACCUCGUCACCGAAGAGGUGACGCACGUCAUUGCGCUGUUUGACUAUGUGCCGGUGGACGAGGAGGAGCUGCCCCUCAAGAAAGGACAGCGGGUGGCCGUCCUCGCCACCGACGAGAACCGGAAGGGCUGGAUUUACGCUCAAGGAAACGGCAGGCGAGGCUGGCUCCCCGAGAACUACGUCGUGGACGAUGACGACGCCUGA